AUGAUUAGUAAAGGAAAUAAUUAAGAAGUUGAACAACAUGUUGAUCUAAAACAUCAUAAUAAAAAGUAUUGGAGCUCUGAAGAAGAUACAAAAUUGUACUCUGCUGUAAUUUUACAUGGAUCAAAUUGGAAGAUCAUUGCAGAAUAUCUAUCUGGAAGAAAUGCUUCAUAAUGUGCAUAAAGAUGGAAGAGAAUUAAGCCUAAAGAAGUAAAUAUAUAAUUAAAAAUAAAAGAAUGAAAGAAAUUAGAAGUGGAGUAAAGAAGAAGAUGAUGAAGUAUUAAGACUUACUAAAAAUUACUAAUAUAAUUGGAGAGCAAUAGCUCAAUAUAUCCCAAAUAGAACUGGUCGAUAAAUUAGAGAGAGAUUUGUCAAUCAUUUAGAUCCUAAUAUUAGUAAAUCACCUUGGACUGAAGAAGAAGAUAAAUGGAUCUGGAAUAUGUAUUAAAAUGUUGGUACUAAAUGGUCAGAUAUGUCAAAAUAGUUAUAAGGAAGACCUGUAUAUAUAUUUUAUAUACUAAAUUUUAGGAAAAUAUGAUAAAAAAUAGAUUUUAUUCUUAUAUUCGAAAAUAAUAUGGGAAAAUAUAAAAUCCGUAUUAUGUAGUACCUAAUAAUGUGAGACUUUUAGAGAAGGACUCAAUGAGAAAGAGCAAGAUAAUUAAAAAAAUUAAAAAAUUAAGGAGGUAUUGUUAAAUAAAGAAAUCACAAGAAGUUAACAAAAAUAAAGACUAAAAUCCAGUUUAAAUUGAAUUAAAGGUUGAAUAAGAUUAAUAUCUAAUGAAUAAAGAAUUUAUUAGAUAUGAAUAAUAACUAUAAUAAUAAACCUAAUAAUAAUACUAUCCAUUAAUACCAACAGAAUUUUAGAAAUUUCAAUUCCCUUAAAUUAUUUAUCCUUGUUAAUUUGUUACUACAUCUAAUUUUGGAUCUGAAUAUUAUGCAUUAAUAAACUCAUAAGAUAUUUUGAAUUGUUAAAAAGAAUAAAUAAAUUAAUCUACAUUUUCUGAUAUUACUAAAUCAUAAAAUAAUGAAAUAGUAUGUUUACCAACUUUGAAUCUUUAAAUGAUCGGAUUUUAAUAAAUUUAAUAAAAUUAAAUAGUUACUAAAGAAGAAGAAGAAGAAGAGAAUAAUUAAAAUCCAAAAAUUUUAAAUAAAAUAAAUGAUUAAUCAUUCCCUCUUUAAAUUAGAGCAGAUAUUAUAGAAGAGUUACAGAAAAAGAAUUUAGAAUUCUAAUUUAAAUAAUGA